CGAAUCACUAAAAAGAAUCGUUUCGCGCGUCACUAAGUUAUUUAAGAAGCUUCAUAGAUCUGUGAGAGACCAAAGAAUUCACAAUCAUCCUUCUGAUCGCCAUGGCCUGCGAACAACGCUUGCGGACUCAUGAGGGGUCUUCGCAAAUGCUUCCUCGUGUAGUUGCCACAGAGCAGCAGUCACUGGUGGUUGUUAAGAAAUUACUUGCGAUUGCUGUCUCCAGCAUCACUUACCUUCGAGGUCUUUUUCCAGAAAAAGCAUAUGGGAGUAAAUAUGUUGAGGAACAGAAAGUGAUGAUUCUUCGAGAGGAGCGGACCUGCCCUGGUGCUAGUCAGAUUGUACAGUGGUUGCAGGGAUGCUUUGAUGCCCUUCAGAAGAGAUACCUCCGCAUUAUUUUAUUAUCCAUGUACUCUGAUCCAGAACACCCUGAGAAAGUAACAGAAUGCUACCAGUUCAGAAUUCAGUACACUGAAAAGGGGCCUCGGCUGGAUUUUGAAAGCAAAAGCCAGAAGAAUGUGACUAAGAUGGACUGUAGUGACAUAAAGAAAGCGAGUAUUCUGUUGGUGCGUAAACUGUACACGCUGAUGCAGAACCUUGGCCCACUCCCUGAUAGUGUGUGCCUCAACAUGAAGCUCUCCUACUACGAUGAUGUGACUCCAUAUGACUACCAGCCACCAGGCUUUAAAGAAGGAGAAAACAGCAUGCUGGUCUUUCAGAAAGAGCCGGUGAAUCUGACCAUGGGAGAAGUUGUUACGCCUUUCCACACCCUAAAAGUGGAUAUCACCACUGAGAGAGAGAGACUGGAAAAGGUAGAUGAUGAUGAGCCGGUAUGUGCCCGAGAUAGAUGGACUUUGAAAAUAAAUGAAGAAAUGGUUUGUGUGUCAAAGCAGGAGUUUGUAACCAAAGAAAACAUAGUUACUGACGCUGGCAUUGAGAACUCGGAUCUGAGCAAAGAGGAGAUGCUGGAGAAUUCACAAUUCAUGGCAGACAGUCUUGUAAAGAAGACAGCUGAUCUAGAUGUGACUACGAGGAAAACAAGGAGCGGCCGAGUCUUCAACUCCUCAGUAAUAAGAGAGAUAUCUCUAUAUCUUUUUUCAUGCAAGUGCAAUAAAGGUGGUACUGUGCCUUCAUCCACAGCAAAGAAACCGGUUUCUCAGUUUCAGUUUCCACUUAGUCAAGACCCUUUGCCUGCUGCUCCAAAGAGGCGCAAAUUCAGUGUCCCUAAAGAAAGCCACUGACACAGUGCUACAAAACAUCAUAGUGUACCCAGGACAGCUGGAGCAUAUUAGCUUAGCCUUUACAAUGAUGACAUUGUAAAACAACAAGUGCUCACAGUAGUUUUGUCUCUGAACUACAUAGCAUGAAUUCCAGAUGUUACACGAUAUGUUGACAUGGAUUAAUAGUAGUUAAUGGUACUUGUAUUUCAGGGAUGAUGUUUGUUUUUACAUGUUAAAUAAGUCAAACCUGUAUUCAAGCAUACAAAUAGCAGUUGUUUUCAUACUUCAAUGUACAAGUAUUGUUUUAUUUGAAUUAUAAAUGCAUAUUUACUUGUUUUAAAGUUAAUAUAUUUCGGACUUUUGAAAAUAAAGAAAUAUUUCUG